AUGUGGAAGUCCUACUUGAUCUCUCACAAUGGAGUUCUUGAUCUUAUGUUCAGAUCAGGAAUUGAUCAAGGAGAAAACCUGAAGAGCCCACUGGAUGCUCCUAUAUUUGUGGGAAGUGGAGUGGUUUCAAGGAAGAUAUCUCAUUCAGUUUCAGAUGUCCCUGCAUCUGCUGCACUAGAAGCAAUGUUAAAAAGCAAAGAGGCUGGUGCUGUGGCAGCCUUUGAUCGCAUUCCCUUUUCAUAUUUAUCAGCUAAUUUCACCCUUAACACUGAUAAUUGCGUUGCUGACUUGUAUGGAAUUAGAGCAAGCCUAGUAGAUGGUGGUGAAAUUCGAGGAGCAGGGAAUGCAUGGAUUUGCCCAGAGGGUGAGGUGGAUGAUGCAGCAAUAGACGUAAAUUUUUCUGGAAACUUUUCCUUUGAUAAGAUUAUGCAUCGAUAUAUUCCAGAGUACCUACAGUUGAUGCCUCUAAAAUUAGGGGACCUAACUGGAGAAACAAAACUUUCUGGAUCCCUUUUAAGACCGAGGUUUGACAUCAAGUGGAGUGCACCAAAAGCUGAGGGGUCAUUUAGUGAUGCUCGGGGAGAUAUCAUGAUCUCACAUGAUUAUAUUACUAUUAAAUCUUCAUCUGCUGCUUUUGAGUUGGACACAAAAGUUCAAACGUCUUAUCCUGAUGAAUACUUCCUGGACAGAAAAGAGUUUGAUGGAAAGAGGUCUGUGCCAUUUACUGUUGAAGGAGUCGAGUUGGAUCUACGAAUGCGUGGUUUCGAGUUUUUCAGCUUAGUAUCGUCUUAUCCUUUUGAUUCUCCAAGACCCACACACUUGAAAGCAACAGGAAAAAUCAAAUUUCAGGGAAAGGUGCUAAAACCUUCCACUAUAGUUAAUGAGCAAGAUCUUGCUUCUGAGACGGAUAUGCUACAUGUGGAAGUAGAAGGGAGUACACAAGGUCUUGUUGGUGAAGUUUCGAUCACAGGUCUUAGGCUGAAUCAGUUGAUGCUAGCACCCCAGUUGGCUGGACAGUUGAGCAUUUCACGUGAUCGAAUCAAGGCAAUGGCUUUCUUGUAUCUCCAUAUGUCGCAGUUGGAUGCCAUGGGAAGGCCAGACGAAGGUCUUGCAGUGGAGAUUGUGGGCCCACUACAACCUGGUUAUGAAGAGAGCUCACAAAAUGGAAAAUUGUUGUCUUUUAACCUUCAGAAGGGACAACUAAGAGCUAACGUUUCUUUCCAACCUCUACAUUCUGCUACAUUGGAGGUACGUAAUUUGCCUCUGGAUGAGUUGGAGUUGGCUUCUCUUCGGGGAACGAUACAAAGGGCAGAAAUUCAGCUUAAUCUUCAGAAAAGAAGGGGUCAUGGUGUGUUAUCUGUUCUUCGUCCAAAAUUUAGUGGUGUGCUUGGCGAAGCCCUAGACGUGGCUGCUAGAUGGAGUGGUGAUGUUGUGAAUUGUAUGGUUCCAUGGGUGCAUUGUGAAGCAAGCAGUGUCUUGCAUGCUUCUGUUGAUGCCCUUUAUAACUUAGUAGUUGACAUUCAUAUCACUCUCGAAAAAACUGUUUUGGAACAAAGCAAUAGCCGUUAUGAGCUUCAAGGUGAAUAUGUGUUACCUGGCACCCGGGACAGAAACCUUGCUGGAAAGGAAAGUGGUGGUCUGUUCCAAAUGGCAAUGACUGGACAUCUAGGUAGUGUCAUAUCUUCUAUGGGAAGAUGGAGAAUGAGACUUGAAGUUCCUCGAGCCGAGGUUGCUGAGAUGCUUCCAUUAGCAAGACUUCUUUCUCGAAGUACAGAUCCUGCUGUUCGAUCUAGAUCAAAGUUCAAGACAUCUACAGUACUUAAAUCUUUUCAAAUAGAGAUCCCUGAUAGGUGCACCACUUCUUUGCAGGAUCUUUUCAUUCAAAGUUUGCAUUCUGUAGGAUUUUAUCCGGAAUGUUUCCAAGACUUGCUUGAGGUAAUGCGAGGGCAUUAUACACCAUCAAAUGAAGUUAUUCUUGAAGACAUCAGUCUUCCAGGUUUAGCUGAACUUAAAGGCCGCUGGCAUGGCUCUCUUGAUGCAAGUGGUGGAGGCAAUGGGGAUACAAUGGCAGAAUUUGACUUUCACGGGGAGGAUUGGGAGUGGGGCACCUACAAAACUCAGCGUGUUGUAGCAGUUGGAGCUUACAGCAACAAUGAUGGUUUGCGGCUUGAGAGGAUCUUUAUUCAAAAGGAUAAUGCCACAAUACAUGCUGAUGGAACUUUGUUAGGGCCAAAAACCAAUCUUCACUUUGCUGUUCUGAAUUUUCCUGUUAGUCUAGUUCCUACAAUAGUUCAGGUCAUUGAAUCUUCAGCUGCUGACAUUGUUCAUUCUUUGCGGCAACUGUUAGCCCCAAUUCGGGGUAUAUUGCACAUGGAAGGAGAUCUUAGAGGAAGUCUUGCAAAACCAGAAUGCGAUGUUCAAGUACGGCUCUUGGAUGGUGCUAUUGGGGGCAUUGAUCUUGGACGAGCUGAAAUUGUUGCUUCACUAACCUCGACCAGUCGUUUUUUAUUCAAUGCCAAAUUUGAACCAAUCAUCCAAAAUGGCCACGUACACGUACAAGGAAGUGUUCCCAUUAAUUUUGUCCAAAAUUCUUCAUUGGAGGAAGAAGAUCAAGAAACAGAUAAAAGUGGAGCAAAAUGGGUGCCUGGCUGGGAGAAGGAAAUGGAUAAUGGACAUGUUGACGAAGCCAGCGAAAAGAAGGUUUUUAGAGAGAGGAUUGAAGAAGGUAGGAAUGUUCAACUAGCAGAAACUCUUAAAGUUUUGAACUGGAAAUUUUUAGAUGUAGGAGAAGUUAGGGUUGAUGCUGAUAUCAAGGAUGGGGGAAUGAUGCUAUUGACAGCUUUAUCUCCUUAUGCCAACUGGCUUCAUGGAAAUGCUGACAUUAUGCUUCAGGUCAGAGGUACCGUUGAGCAACCUGUGGUUGAUGGAUUUGCAUCAUUCCACAGGGCAUCUAUAUCAUCACCAGUACUCCAAAAACCACUUACAAACUUUGGUGGUACUGUCCAUGUAAAAUCAAAUCGGCUAUGCAUCACUUUGUUGGAGAGCCGGGUAAGUAGAAGGGGUAAACUGCUCAUAAAAGGCAAUCUGCCCCUCAGAACAAGUGAAGCAUCUCUUGGUGAUAAAAUUGACUUGAAAUGUGAAGUUCUGGAAGUGCGGGCAAAAAAUAUACUCAGUGGUCAGGUUGACACCCAGAUGCAAAUAACGGGUUCAAUAUUGCAACCAAACAUAUCAGGGAAUAUUAAAUUGAGCCACGGAGAAGCAUAUCUACCACAUGAUAAAGGUAGUGGAGCUGCUCCUUUCAAUAGGUUGUCAUCCAAUCAGCCCAGGCUUCCAGCUGGGGGUGUCAACCAAGCGGUUGCUUCUAGAUAUGUUUCGCGGUUUUUCAGUUCAGAACCUGCUGCUUCAAAGACCAAGUUCCCUCAACCCGCUGUUAAAUCAACUAAAGUUGAAAAGGAUUUGGAGCAAGUGAACAUUAAACCAAAUGUAGAUAUUCGCCUUAGUGAUUUGAAGCUUGUUUUAGGACCAGAGUUGAGGGUAGUUUAUCCUUUGAUUCUCAAUUUUGCUGUCAGUGGAGAGAUUGAACUCAAUGGCUUGGCUCACCCCAAACGGAUAAAACCAAAAGGUGUUCUAACAUUUGAAAAUGGUGAUGUGAAUCUCGUUGCAACUCAAGUGAGGCUUAAGCGAGAGCAUUUAAAUAUAGCAAAAUUUGAGCCUGAGCAUGGACUAGAUCCUAUGCUAGACUUAGUUUUGGUUGGAUCGGAGUGGCAAUUUAAGAUUCAAAGCCGUGCUAGCAAUUGGCAGGACAAACUGGUGGUGACCUCACGUUCUGUGGAACAAGAUGCCCUCUCCCCAACUGAGGCUGCUAGAGUAUUUGAGAGUCAAUUGGCAGAGUCCAUAUUGGAGGGUGAUGGCCAACUUGCAUUUAAAAAGCUUGCAACUGCAACACUCGAACAGUUGAUGCCAAGAAUAGAAGGGAAGGGAGAGUUUGGCCAUGCUAGAUGGAGGCUAGUCUACGCCCCGCAGAUUCCUAAUUUACUUUCUGUUGAUCCUACAAUCGAUCCUCUGAAAUCUCUGGCCAAUAAUAUUUCAUUUGGUACAGAGGUUGAGGUUCAGCUUGGGAAACGUCUUCAGGCCUCCAUUGUAAGGCAGAUGAAAGACUCAGAAAUGGCUAUGCAAUGGACCUUGAUCUACCAGCUCACUAGCCGUUUGCGAGUGCUCCUACAAUCUGCUCCUUCCAACCGGCUCCUCUUUGAAUAUUCUGCCACAUCUCAGGACUGA